AACCACCCAUGUACUGAAUGCCAUUGAGUCUUAGCGGCUUAGCAAGAGCGAUAGUCACCUCUUCAACAAGUAGUUAGGCAACGACCAUCAUCGGUUGUUUCCAUUUGCCGUUCUACCCGAAGCACCGAAACUGACCGAAGCCUCGAAAAACGGCUCUCCAUAUAUCUCUCCGCACAUCUACAGCAACAAACAUCCCACAAACCUGAACUGUCGUCUUCAAAAUCCAACAUGGCCUUCGUACUCCCCGGUCUGCGCAGAGGCCUGAUGGCCUGUACACCACUCAUUCUCUGCACGCCAGUUUUGGCGUACCAGUUCCGAUACUCGAACCGCAUACGCUGUGAUGGACCGAAUCCCCUCACCAAAAUUACCAACGAUCUUACGAGUAACUAUACCACGGAAGCCAGUACUCCAAUUCUCACUCAAUCGGGCGCUGUGAACCCACAGGCCAUCAGACAAAUCAGCAUGGGAAGCAUUCUGGGUGUCAUCGGAGGACUGGGGAUCAGUAUCUUCAGCAAACCACUUGCUGUCUUGAUCGGGCUAGGGAUAUUUACUUUGCAGUUCAUCGAAUCGCGAGGUAUCCAUGUCAUUCCAUACUCAUUCCUUGAGCGUCGGGUGAAGUCGAUGAACGUCCGAUCAUUGGUGCGGGACAAUGUCGCUUUCAAGCUGUCUUUCGGUCUGACGUUUGCGAUGGCCGCGUUUGCCGAGUUCUAGGCCUGGUGCCUUGUUGGAUAACCAAUCAGUAUGCGAAGCGUUGAGCUGGGUUAAUGGCCUGUGGCUGUAGCUGCAUCUGCAACUGCUUGCAGCUCUGCCAAAACCCUUUUAUGGUAUCUUUGAAGGCUGUAGUGCUCUUUGCGUUCCUGUAGAUAUGUCAGCUUGUGAGAUACUAUCCUAGUGGUCAUUCAAAUUCACCUAGUCAUGCUC